ACUUAAUAGAACGCAGAAUCAGGCAUGAAGGAUCGAUCAUGCUAUGAGUCUCCUCCUGGUUAAAGGAUGUGCGAACGGAGUUACCCUGCAGUAGUUCUGCGGCUUAUUAGCUGCGAUGCGAAUGAUUCGGAUCCUACAAAGCUGCCAAGUGGUUGGACGGACGGUCCGUCUUUUGAACCCGCACGGAAGCGACUGCAGAUGUUGUCAUCACCGUUGUCGAAGUUUCUAAGGUCACAACCAGGAGCAUGCCAACAAACUACCAUUCAAAGACCACCUACGGGCAAACAACACUCGCUUUAGAUACAACAUGUUCUUUGCCCUUGCACUGUAUAAUGGUUUAGAUUUCCCUCAUCAACUCCAGCAUGGUCCAGCGUGCUGCAUGAACUGAUAAGCGCCGUUGCUUCUGACGCAUCGACCUCUAUGGCAUCCCACGCGCAAGGUAUCAAUACCACGUCGAACGGUUAUCGCAAAUUUCCAGACUCCCGCCAUAACUAUGCCACAGCGACCUCUUCUGCUCGCCCCUCUCAUCAUCGUGUGCGUACAUACACUGCUCACGCCCUAGUCCUCUUCAACGUCUACGGUAUUGUACUUUCGUCGGGGCUGUGGCUCGAGUAUUACUUCACCAGCCUAUUUCCAGCCACGUCUCUGCUGGCGGUUUCAGCGAUCUUUGGCACCCAACUCGCAUGUCUCGGUCUCGGAGUCGGAGUCGCAGCAUCACUUCACCGUCGAUGGCCGAAGCACUGGCGCUUGCUGAUGUCCUUGGGUGGGUUGAGCGUGGGCUGCUCACACAUUUGUGUCCUGAUCGCUGACGAGUUUUGGGUUGUUCUCUUGUGUGAGGGCGCGCUCACGGGAUUGGGCCUUGGUGUCUUGAGCACGGUAUCCACACGGGUACUCAGCACGCACUACAAGAACGACAUUGCCGUCGCUUCGUCACAGUGCGUGGCUGCAGGCUUCCUCGGCGCCGUGGUAUACACAAUAUUCACUUGGCUCUGUCUUCGCUCGGACAACACGAAGCUCGGCCGUGGACUAAUCCCCACCCUGCUCUGCCUCACUCUCCUGCCCGCGGUCCUCCUCGCCAAACCCAGCGCUCUACAGCCCGUAACCCAUCACUCUUCACCACCCGCCCGCUUCGCGACACCCCGACUCUCAUCUAUGCUCUUCGUCAUCCUCUACACCCCCCCUUUCCUCGCCACAUCCCUCCUCCUCCCCCUCAUUUUGACCCGCCACCCUAGCCCCUACCGUGCGGACCCCGGCUGCUACGUCCUCCUCGCACUCUCCAGUGCCGCACUUCUCUCCUCCGCUCUGCUUCCGCACCUACCUUCCCACCGCCUCUCUCCCCCAGCGCUCAUCGCCGCCUCUACGCUCUUGGCUGGUAUUGCCAUCCCUUCACUUAUCUGGAUGCCGACCUUGUACGUUGGUGUACCAUGUGCUAUGGUGCUUGGGGCGGGGCUAGGAGGGGUGUGUGCCUUGUGGGUCCGGGCUUUGGCAGCGCUGGUUGGAAAGGGUAAACGCCUGGGCCAGGCGGUCUGCUUGCUUGCUGCUGUUGGUGGAGUGGGGGCUGGAUGUGGAGUGUUGGGAGCUGCGGCGGUUAUGGAAACGUGGGAGGCGGGUGUGGAAAUAGUUUUGGGCGUUGCGGCCGGAUGUCUGGUAUUGGGAGGGUUGGCGCUGGGUGCAGGUGCUGGGGUGAGGCGGUGGGGUUGAAGAAAGGCUGGAGUAUAUAGCAUUGUUACUGUAGCUGGAACCAAAGCUUGUAUGAUGGCUCGCGCCUUAUUUUUAUUUGUUGUAUUCUAAUGAGGUAAAGAGACCCAAGUACCACCUUGCGC